AUGAAUAAUAGUAAUAUUAGUUUGGAUUUAUGUGUACACGAUAAAGAUUUUUUAUUUGAAUUUAAACGUAUUGUUGAAGGUUGGAUAUUAUCAUUUAUAUGUAUAUUAGGAAUUAUCGGUAAUAUAUUAACAUGUGUAAUAUUAUUUAAUUUUCGUAUGCGUAAAUCAUCAACAAAUCUUUAUUUAUUAGCCUUAUCAUUUAUUAAUAUAAUUGUUUUAAUUAGUUUUAUAUUAUGUCAUGGUUUAAGAUCAAUAUUAUAUAAUUAUUGUACUUAUUCAUUCUAUGAAUUAUUUUAUAUUAGAAUAUUUCUCUAUAUUUAUCCAAUACAUAUAACAUCAAUGUUAACAUCAAUUUAUUUAACAGCAGCAGUAGCCAUUGAUCGAUUUUUUAUUAUUUGUUUACCAUUUCAAAUUUCAAGAUAUAGAACACAACAAUAUUCAAUAUAUGUUAUUAUUAGUGUAUGUUUAUUUUCUAUACUUUAUUGUUUACCAUUUUGGUUUGAAUUUACACAUGAAGAAGAAAAAAUAGAAUCAUCAAAAUCAAAUGUAACAUAUUUAACAUUAGUUUUAUCUAAUUUUGGUAAAAAACCAUUAUUUCGAUUAUUAAUGCGUAAAUAUUUUUAUAUUAUAUUUGUAUUUUUAUUACCAUUAAUUAUUUUAAUAUUUUGUAAAACAUGUAUAAUUAGACGUUUAAUGGCAAUACAUAAAACAAGACGAUUAUUAGGAGCACAACAUCGUUCAAAUAAUGCUAUUACUCUAUUAUUAUUAUCAAUUGUUGCCAUUUUUUUAUUCACACAAUUUCCAUAUUUUUUAUUUAACAUACUUUAUGCUCUCAAUGGACCACAGUAUAUGGAAACAUCUAAUGCUCGACUCUAUUUAAGUGUUAAUAAUGUUUUAUGUGUUAUUAAUGCAUCAUCUGUAUUUCUAUUAUAUUCCUUUUUUGGACAAAAAUUUCGACAUAUCCUACGAGCCGUAUUUCAUUAUAAACGAACUACAAGUGAUAGUGGUCAUUCUAAACGUCUACAUACAAAAGAUUGA